AUGGUCAUCCUAAUGGUAGACAGGGGUUCCAAAUGGGAAUUGCUCUUCCACAGUUUCUACUUAAUAUUGAUGAAUGAUACACUGGGUGCCUAUUUCCAUUUAAUGAAACUUUCCUUGGCCCCGAGCAAAGUUAUGGAAGUCUUCAUUAAGGCUGCUGAAUUUGUAGAGAUUCCUGUUAGAAGAUCUGAUGAUGAACCCCUACAGAAACUCUUUAUGGCAGUAAGGAGUGAGUUGAACUUGGACCUUAAAAACAUUAAAAAGGAGCAGGCGAAGUUUUGGAAGCAGCACCCUGCACUUGUUAAGACAGAAUUGUUGAUCCAAGCGCAUUUAACUCAUGAAACAGCGAAUUUAUCCCCGGACUUGGAGCGUGACUGCAAGCGUGUGCUGGAACUCGCUCCUCACCUUCUUGAAGAGCUAAUGAAGAUGGCACUUAUUCCCCGUUCUAAUAAGGGGCAUGGCUGGUUUAGGCCUGUAAUAGGAGUUGUUGAACUUUCACAAAGUAUUGUUCAGGCUGUUCCUCUCAGUGCAAGGAAGUCUGAGGGCAUUGCUCCAUUUUUUCAGCUUCCAAAUUUUAAUGAUGAUAUUGUCAAAAAGAUAACACGCAAGAAGGUAUGCACAUUUCAAGAAUUUCAGGAAAUGACCAUUGAAGAACAUGCCGAACUAUUUUCUCAAGUAGCCAACUUCUCUGCUUCUGAAGUGGGAGAUGUGGAGAAUGUACUGAAACUGAUUCCUUCUAUGAAAGUUGAAGUUACUUGCGGAACUGAAGGUGAAGAAGCCAUACAAGAGGGUGACAUUGUUACGGUUCAGGUUUGGGUGACACUGAAACGUGCUAAUGGUUUAAUCGAUGCCCUACCCCAUGCCCCCAAUUAUCCAUUCCACAAGGAAGAAAAUUUCUGGUGUUUACUCGCAGACACCAAUUAUAAUAGUGUGUGGUUCUCCCAAAAGAUCAGUUUUAUGGAUGAAGCUGCUGCGGUGAGUGCUGCUUCAACAGCAAUCGAGGAGAGAAUGGAAGUGCUUGGAGCCAGCCCAAAGGAAACUAGCUCCGCUAUAAGAGAAGCAGUUGAGAAAGUCAAAAAUGGGUGUCUACUUGCAAUGGGGAAGUUCCUAGCCCCAGCCGAAGGAAAUUAUUUUAGUGGUCAAGUGACUGAUGAAGGAUUGAUUCCUGAGGAUGGAAUUGAUGAAGAAGGGGAGAUCGAAGAAAAGGAGGAUAUUGAGAGUGAGUACAGUGAAGAUGAAGAUGAUACUCAGGAUACGAAUAAGAAGGGAAGUGCCAAUGGCAAAGUUCAUGAAAAGAGCGGUUCAGAAAGUUCCGGCUCAGACGAAGAGUGA